AUGGAGAAGUCUAAAGUGAAAGGUGGAGAGAAAUUGGCAGUGGAAGAUGGAGAGAAAGGGGGAGAGCAAUUGAAUGAGAAUGUGAAAUCCAACGCUGCUCCACCAACUGUUGCUGUGGAAAAAGGCGAGAAUGAUGAUCAGAACAACAUGCACCAUGGGAUUUCUGAUGUUGGGGUUACCACUCCAAAAGGAAAAGGAUACAAUCCUUUUGAGCCCGUUGAUAAGCAAAAGGUUAAGGUACUUGAAGAUUGGCUAGCAGUUGAUCUGUAUAUAGUGAAGCACACCAGUGCAGAGUGCUAUUGGAUUCUACGAGAACCGAAGGAAUUUCUUAAAGACUCGCACAUGGAUGCUGCUAUUAGUCUACUGAGGUUUCGGUACUCGAACCAUCCGGAGUGGUUUACGAGCAAAAAGAUUUGCUUUGUUGAUACAAUUCUAUUCGCGAUGUGGACUGCCAAGUACGAGGAGUUCGUUGAUUUUCUGGCAAAUCCAGAUGGUUCUGGUAAACUCUUACCAGCUGGAGCGCUGGAUUACCAAAAAGGUUUGGAACCAACUUAUUGCAGAUCAAACAAGCUGUGGGGGAUGGAAGUGGAUGAUAUAUACAACCCAUUACACAUAAAAGGUAAUCAUUGGGUGACUCUGUGGAUUUCACUUUCAAAGAGACACAUUAUUGUCUGGGAUAGUAUUCUGAGUUACGCAAAAGAUGAAGAAAUUGACGUGGCAGUGGAGCCGUAG